GUCAAUCUGACAAUUUUCCAUUAAGUGCAGUUUCUUUACACGCGGUUGUAACAGCCUGUUAAGAAAAAUGCUGUAAAAAUUCCUGAACAAAAUGAAAAUCUAAAGAUAUGGAGACUUUGCUUUGAAAAGUUUUAACUGAUGAGGGUUUUAAUAGUAUGAAAGCCCAUUCCCUCCACUUAGAUAAAAAAAAAUAAAGAAUUAUCACAAUUAUGAUGUUAGCUAAGUCAUAAUUAUGAGAUAAUUUUUUAAUCUCAGUGCCAGGAAUGGGCUUCCAUAUUUUUUAAUCAUUAUUGUAAAUAUUUAAUGAAAGGACACCAGAUGCUCAACAUUUGUAUCAUUUUUGCAACAAAUACUUUGACCUCUGGACUUCCUGGUGGCCUUUUAAAAAAUUUUUUAGAUAAAAACUGUUAGUUUGUAAUGAAAAUAGUUUGACAUUGUUUUGCUUCCUUCUGAUUGCCAGUUCUAAUCAACCUGAAGAGUUGUGAAACACUCCCAAGAUUUAUUAUUUUGGCAUAUUUUACCUUUCAGCCAUCGUUAACAUCUCCUGCCCUGUUUGUUUCAGAAAUUCCAAAUUUACACCAUCAGUUCCGUCAUCUCUCAUUGGUUUGUGGUUUGACGGCUUAUUACUCCCAGUUUUAUGACUUCUGCCCAGUGCCAGUGCCGCCUGGGGGGUAGAUACUCUACAUGACAUGCGUCUGGCUUUGAAGCCCCCCAGCUGCAGGAGAACCAGGGUCCUGUUUCAGCACAAAGCCUAUUUUUAACUUGGCAUGGGGGAUUUUGAACUUAAAGCCACAUCACCUCAGUUGUGUUAACUGCUGGCACACAAUAAUGAAAGUCACCUAAAAUAAAAUCUAAAAAUCAAUAACUGUGGGUGUUGCUUUUCUGAACAGCUAAUGAAACCAGGUUAAGUUUUUCUUCUUUGCUCUUAUCUUCACUCCCCUGUUUUCAUUCCCUGCUCUAUUUCUGUCCCUCGCUGAGUCAGAAGCACAGCUCCCUACUUAGAAUGACACAAACGGGCAGACCGACUCCCUAUUCAGAGUGACUGAACUCUAAAACUCACAAAAAGGCAUUUCUAGGGCUCUAAAACAGGAAAACCUGGAGGAACAUAUAAAGAUGGAGGAAUGUGAAAGCCUGGACUCAGAGGUGACUGAGCAGGAAUUACAGUCCGAAGCCUCAGAUGUCCUCAGCCAAGACGACGAAGAUGAAGUGGAAGAGCUCACUAACAGUCUGCGAGAAGUUGUCCAGGACCAGUCCGUGAAACCCAAACUCCAGUGCCUCAUGGUUGACCCAUCGUUCUCCAUGGUGACGGUUCAGAGCGAGGACAGCGGUAUUGUCUGGGAGACAGCCUCCAGCCGUUGCUCUACUCCCUGGGCGUCUGAGACGAGCUCCACUUCUGAAGCUUACAGCAUGGAGGGCUCUGGAAGUGCUGGGAAGAUCACCAUCGUCUUUGAUGAGGAGAAGGUGGUCCGUAGGAGAACGAGGUCUGGAGGGAGGAUCAGCAGGUUGGGGGACCAGCUUAGCAGACCUGGCAGCUCCAGGUCAGCUUCGGCUUUGGGAGUGGAGAGGCUGGAGAUGAUGGAGGUUUCUGUUCCCAACGUCAAGCAGGAGGAAAAGCAAACGGAGGCGGACUUGGAGGAAAUCAAAAACAAGGAUCAGCAGUUGUUCAGUUUGAUUUCUGAGGGUUAUGAGAUUCUGAACAUCAGAGUCCCAUCCAAACUUCCCACUGUGGACGAGGAGGAGACCACAGAGCUGCAGGAUAAUUUGUUUUAUCUGGACCAGACGCCAAAGAUCAGGUCUCAAAACCACCAUGACAUGGCGGAACAAUGGGAUCUGGAGCACUCAGGAGGAGAGGAAGCCCACACUGAUACUUCAGAUCAAGAAGCUUCGCAGCCACCACCAGACAAAGAGUUUGGACACACACCCUCUCAGAGAGACAGCACCUGUGACUUUGACUACUUUGAGAAGUUCAGCCUUUAUGAUGUUGUGGUUUCUGGAGAGCAAGCACCACAGCUGUCAGAGGAGGAAGAAAAGCCACUGGUGAUAUCUCACACAGAGGAGCAAAAACCUUCAAAGGACGCAGCCAAAGACAUCCCGUCUGUACCAGAGGAAUCUUUUGUGUUGGUUACAGACGUGGAGAUAGUUGGGGAACACCUAGAUGAGGUCUUUUAUGGAGAAGGACCUCCUGUGCAGAGAGCAGAGGAAGAAGGGGAAGAAAGGAUGAGAACGAGACGUGAAAGCCAGAGAUCACUGAAGGGGAGUGGUUCGGUCUUGUUCACAAGUGAGGAGACCACCCUCACUCCUAUUUUCAUCUCCCCUGGGCCUCCUAAGAUCAUCGACCCCAUUCUCCUGGAGGAGCCUACCGCCAUGUCCUUCAUGUACUCAGACCUUUACGAGGAUGCUGUUGGUGAGAGGAUGAGGAGUGAUGAGGAGUACUCAGAGGCAGAGAGCGUGGCAUCCGAGAAGUCCUGCAAGAGGAGGUUCUCAGAUUCAGAGGAGGCAGAUGGGUACCUGGAGAAAUUCACCUUAAAAGAUGAGACGCCAGCAGAGGAUGUGCAGUCAGAGUCAUUGGAGGAUGGGGGUGAAGGGAGGAUGGUCUGGCCUCAGAAUAAGUUUGAAAUGACUGGAUGCUUAAUGAAAGCACCUCAGGCAGAAGAGGAAGAGAAGUCUGAAGGUCGUGUUGGAGGUGGAUCAUACUGUGAAAAGAAAACGGAAACACAAUCAUCCGUGGUGAUUCCGGAACAAGCUGGGAGAGAAACACCACAAGAUUCAAAUAAGGAGGCUGAAUCAGUAAAGGAUUGGAUGAAAACUCAACAAGAACAACAUGAAGUUGAUCAAACUGAGCCUGAAACAGACGAAACACUCCAAUCCCAGCACAUGAAAACUAAAGAUGAAGAAACGCAGGAAGGUGAAGAGCAUAAAAACAUCAGAGCUGACACAAAAGAGCCAGGUGUGAUACAAAAACCAUCCAAGGAGCUUCUAGUGAUCACAGAUGUGACAGCAGAGCCUCCAGCAGAGCUUCCAGCAAGCACAGAGUCUGAAGCCAGUUUGUCUUCAGAAGCAGCUGUGGAGUCAAAGAUGGAGGAUGAAGCUUCAUCUCCAGAGAGAGAGUCUGAUAAUGUGAUGACUGAAGCCCUCACAGAAACAGAGAUGGCUGCUGAAACGCCCCAGUGUGGGAGUAAAGAACCCCUUAGCGAAGAUGGUUUUGAGCUGGUAACUGACUGUGAUUGUGAGGUACAAACUGUAGUGGAGGUGAUGGAAAAGCAAGAGAACAAAGAAGAGAGCCAUGUUAGAAUUGAGCUUCAGGAUGUAACAGAUGCUGAAACAGGAGCUUCUGAAGCAGCCAGACAACAAGAACGUCCAACGGAGGAGUCAUUCAUAGCUAAAACUUCUGCAUCUGAUCUGGAGUCAGAGGUUACAUCUGAGAUUUUAAGUGAAGUGAUCCAGCCUCCAGCGCUUGAAGAAGUCAAAACAGAAUCUGACGAGAAACAAAUGCAGCAAGAGAUGGACAGAGAUUCAGAAGAAGCUAAGCAGCAGACAACCUCUCACACGCCUGCUGGAGACUCUGGGACUGUUGUUCAGGAUUGUGUGAGUGUAGGGGAUGAGUUCAUCCUCCUUGUUCCGAAAGGACAAGCUGUAGAGAUGGACAUCAAGAUUGAUCAGUGGACAGACAUUACAAAAGACGCGGUCCCUCCUACUGAACCUGAAGCGCAAAACCAAAAAGAAGCUGAAAUAAAAGAAGAAAUUCCCAGAUAUUAUUAUGAUGAGGAGGACUUACCGUCAGCCCCGGUAGAAGAAGCCAGCACAGAGGAGUCAAAGAUAGAGAAGGAUUUAGUAGAAGACCAAGUUGUCCUCUCACCUCUCAGGAGCUUCUCUCCCCUAGAGGAUUUAUCUGGACUUCGAGGAGACGAUGAGCAGACAGAAGAGGUGGAAGCAGAACAGCAGGAAGUUAUCCACAAGGCAGAUGAUGCUCCAGAGGCAGACAUCUUCCAAGACAAUGCAGAACCGAGUGUUGAUGUUUGCAGCAAAGAAAAGGAGGUCGUUUUAGAUGUUCAGGAGGAAACGGUUGACGAGCUUGGAUAUGAAGUCAUAUCUGAGCAGGAAGCACAAGAUCUGCCUCAGUGUGAGAUACGCAUCAAUGCGGAGGAAGAGAGGACAGAGAUGGAGGCAGAAAGGGGACAGAGGGAAGAGAGUUUUAGUGAAAAUGAACUGAUUCAAGCAGGAUAUGAAAUUAUCGAUGAGGAGGAGGAGAGCAAGGCCCGGCUGGCUGCUGAGCUGCAGGGUCUGGACUGGUUCUGUGUGACCUGUGAACGUCUUCUAUCCGAGGAUGAGCGGAUGUCUGAGGAGCAUCGGGGCCACAAGGUGAAUUUGGUGGACAAGGCUUAUGAGGAAAUCAAGGAGACACUGAGUGUUUGGAUCUCAGAGCUCCAGGAGAGGUCAGAGAACAUAGAGGACUUGGUGUCUGAGCUGGAGUUGGCCUACAAUUCAGUAGAGGAUCAGUUUAAGGAGCAAGAGGAGGCCAUACGGGUGCAGAAUGAAGAGAUGAUGGCUCAGGUGAUGGAGCAGUACAAUCAAAUGUCCAUUACCAUGGAGGAGGAGAAGAAAGCCAAGCUGGAGCAGCUCUAUGACAAGAUAGUUUCCUUCCAGGAGAACAUCGACUCAGCCAAGACCACUCUGGAGACCACGGCCAGGGAAGAUGAGACGGAUGCUAGACCACCUGAAGACAUCCAUGCUAGACUCACAGCAGCUCUGGACUCCGUCUUGUGCCUGGAGCUGGGGGCCAAGGGACUGCUGGUGUUUGAGGACUACACCAAGACCAACACUUCCAGCUCAAGCCUGGCACAGCGUAAAGGAAUCCCAGCGCCUCAGAAGCCCACGCUGCAGACCCAGGAGCCGGGUUCAGGCACCAGCACCAGCGUCACUGUCUACUGGAAGGUCAACUCUGGAGACAUUAUAGACUGCUUUCAGGUCUACUGCAUGGAGGAUCCACAAGGGGCUGUGUCAGAGGAGUAUCGAGUCACCGUGAAGGAGAGCUACUGUGUCCUGGAGGAACUGGAGCCAGACAAGACCUACAAGGUGUGGGUGAUGGCUGUCAACUACACUGGCUGCUCUCUGCCCAGCGACAAGCUCAUCUUCAGAACGGCUCCAUCAGUGCCAGCGAUCGACACGGAGCGCUGCACGGUCAUGUGGGAUUCCGCCACGCUGAGGUGGAGCUCAACAAAACAAAGCCCAGAACAGAGUUACACUUUGGAGUACUGCCGCCAGUACGAACUGGAAGGAGAAGGACUCAGAUCAAUCUCAGGAAUCAGCGUCUGUGAACAGAAGGUUCUCCUGCAACCCAAUGAAAAUUACCUGUUUUACAUUAGAGCUGUGAAUGAAGCUGGUUCCAGUGAGCAAAGUGAGGCUGCACUCAUUUCUACAAAAGGAACGAGGUUCCGCCUGCUGAAAGCCUCGGCUCAUCCAGCUCUGAUGCUUUCGGAUGACCAGACCACCCUGCACUACCCACAGGAAGCACACAAAACAACAGACAAAGAACACCCGUCCAUCCUGGGGGAGUUGCUGCCUUCCCGGGGGCUCCACUACUGGGAGACCGUUGUGUCAGGAAGUACAGCCUACAGACUCGGAGUAACCACCAAUAGAAACAGCGCACUUGGGGAAACCAGUACUUCAUGGUGUUUGCAGUGCACUCCCUCUCCAUCAGGCUGUAGGUACCAGUUACUCCACAACCACAUCCAGUCCACUGUGUUUGUGACCAAGGUGCCUGAGCGAGUGGGCACUCUACUGGAUUACCAGCUGGGCCGUCUGUCAUUCUACAGUGUCCACAGCGGACAGCUGUUGGGGACAUUCAGACAGUGGUUCGCCCAGUCCUGCCACCCUGUGCUGGCCCUGGAGCAGCCGGGCAGCCUGCAGGUCUGCAUGGUGCAGGAGGCACCAGAGUUUACCAAAGACAGCUAACUACGCUGCUGCACGCUCUAGCCUCAGCGAGUUCACGUGUUCUAUGUGUUGAUUUGAAUGGUUUAACUUUGUAAUGAUCAAAUGACCACAGAUGAAGAAAAGGCCAAAUUCUUGUUUUCAUUUAGACUAAAACAGCCUCAGUCAGAGUUUGGUUGGAAAUCUUUUUUCUAAGACAUAAAAAUAGUAAAGGGGACAUUUUUCCUGAGUUAUAAUAGUUGUAUGGUCACUACCAACACAUUCAUGAAGUUCUUUGCAUAAUGUCCCUCUCACGUGAAGCAGUACCUUCCAGAUUGAGCCGUUUCAGGGCUCUGUCACUUCAAGAAAACAAGCUGGAGCUGGCCAGCCCCCCCAUUUAGGUUGCUAUAAGCUGAGAAGCUCCGAUGUCUGUAUGGGACUCGGAAUAGAGCUGCUGCUUGUCCAGCACAUUAGAGGUGCUUCUUUUCUAAUUUCUCUGUUUGUGACAUCACAAAUGGGUACUUUUUGAAACGGUCUGUUUGAGCACUUAUCUCCUAAAACCAAACACUGACAGAAAAUGGAUGGAUGAGUGUUUUUCAUGUUUGGAGUGUUUAUAGAAGCAGUAGAGACCCACAUGGCAUCACAAAAUGAUGCCAGUUUGUCAUCAUGAAGGUGGGUUUUGCAUAAUGUACUGUAUUUGGUGGCAUAAAUGUAAACCAAGAAUAAGUUAAAUGAACUAAUAGGAAGUAGUACAUUGCAAUUUCUAGGUGAGCGGGUUUAUUUUGUGAGAUGGUUUUUUGUAAUUUAAUGUGAGUUUUGUACUGUUUUUUAUGAUUUGUCUGAGUUUAGCUGCACCUUGCAGACUGUUUCAUAUUGUGACUAAAGCUUGUGUGUGUUUUUGUAAAUAACAUUUUCUAACAGAAAGGAUCCGUUUUCUGUUGAAAUUCUAACUUUCCCUGUCUUAAUUUUCUUGUCUGAUGAUGAUUAUUUUUCUAUUUUCACAAAUAGAUUUUUUUGGUUUACACCACUAGAGGGCACCAGCUCCCCAUCAGCUGGUUCGACUCUAAACUUGUAAAAUACACAAAACGAGCAGUUUUCCUUCUAAAGCAGUCAGCCACGGAAAUAAAUCAAUCUUCACAAAAA